AUGUUAUCUAUAACAUCUGUUGACGCGACGAAAGGUGAGUAUAAUCGGCGGAAGUCUGGUAAUGCUAUCGCACUUCCGGAACUGGGUAACGAAUCCAGGUCAUGCGAGAUAGAGAAGCAGAAGAAUUCAUCGUCAAAAUAUCUCGCGGAAGCUGAAUACUUUUCUGUGGACCCAUACAUGAGACCAUACGUGAGAAGAUAUCCGCUCGGGAUCACGAUGGUCGGCACUCAAAUUGCCAAGAUCAUAGAAUCUAAAAAUCCAGCUUUCCCAGUUGGCAAGAGAAUCGUCGGAAACUUGGGGUGGAGAACUCACACGAUUGUCAAUCCAAAAUCCAAAGAUUUAGUGUUUCAAGAACACCCGUACCUUUUACCAGACAUAGGUGAUUUGCCGUCGUCACUUUGUCUUGGCAUUCUAGGAAUGCCGGGUAACACAGCAUAUUUCGGUUUGCUGGAAAUAUGCAAACCGAAGUCUGGCGAAACAAUCGUCAUCAGUGGAGCCGCAGGUGCGGUCGGCUCACACGUGGGCCAGAUCGCUAAAAUUUUGGGCUUAAAUGUUAUCGGUAUAUGCGGCUCCGACGAGAAGUGCAAGUGGCUUACUGAGGAAAUGGGUUUCGAUUCCGCCAUUAAUUACAAGACCACAUCAGUCGCAGCCAGAUUACGCGAAGUUGCUCCGCAAGACGUGGAUUGUUACUUUGACAAUGUUGGCGGGAAUAUCUCUAGCGCAGUCAUAUACCAGAUGAAGCCAUUUGGCCGAGUAACUGUGUGCGGUAGCAUCUCAAGCUAUAACGCGGACAAUUCAUCUUUGCCAAAGUGUACGAUCCUGCAACCCAUUUUAUCGAAACAUGAAUUGAGAAUGGAGGGUUUCUUCGUUACACACUGGAUGAAUCGAUGGAAUGAAAGCAUUAUGCAGAAUCUGCAAUGGCUACGCGAGGGCAAGCUUCGUUAUCGUGAGACCGUGACUAAAGGUUUCGAGAACAUGUUUGAAGCGUUUAUCGGUAUGCUGCGCGGCAAGAACAUCGGCAAAGCGAUCGUCCAGGCGUAGACAUCAAACAUUUAUCGCGAACCGAACCUAUUUCUCAUAAUAUUAAUGCCUUUGAAUUCUAUAACUGCAUAUUAUGUACAAUGUUUUUUUAUACUUUUGAGAUAUUGAGAAAGCAUUGAAUUUUAAUUUCCAAACGUUCUUUACAUUUUUUUAUAUUAAUCAAGCGUUUUAUAUAAAUAUUUAAAAGAUCGAAACUAUUAGGUUUUUAUACAUUGGGUUCGUUCGGUUUUUUUUAGUUCAAAAUUGUAUAUAAUUUUGUAAUAAUUUUAUAAUUUAAUAAUUUUACUAAGAAUAGACAAAAUUUAAAUAAAAAAAAGAUUCUAAA